AUGCGAGCUUUUUCCUCCAAGGCCAAGCGUGAUUUUUACGAAAUGCUCGGUGUCACUCGUUUGGCAGAUAAGGCGUCAAUCAAAAAGGCGUACUUCAAACUUGCCAAGAAAUACCAUCCCGAUACGAAUAAGGGUGACGAAAAAGCGUCUGAAAAGUUUAAAGAAGUCACGGAAGCCUACGAAGUGCUAUCGGAUGAUAAGCAGCGCGAACGAUACGACCAGUUUGGACACGCUGGUGUCGACCCCAAUUUUCAGGGUGAAAAUCCGUUUGGCAAUGGCGGUUUUGAUUUCAAGUUGUUUGAUAUGUUCUUUGGUGGUGGCGGUGGUGGUGGUCGUCGGCGCUCUCGUGGUCCGCGUCGGGGUGCCGACCUGCAAAUGCACGUGAAACUUACCUUUCAGGAAGCCGUCUUUGGAGCGUCCAAAGAUUUGCAUUUGCGUUACGAAACCGUCAAUCGAAAAACGGGCAAGGUUCAAGUGAAAGAACGCGAUGUCACCGUUGAUACACCUCCCGGUAUUGAUAAUGGAAUGAGCCUGCGGCUGGCGGAAAAGGGUGCGGAAGGUGAUCCCGGGGCACCUCCCGGUAACUUGCUGGUGCAGGUUCUGGUAGAACCGGACAAGUACUUUGAACGAGAUGGGUACGACGUUCAUGUACAGAUACCGAUCAGCUUGACACAGGCGGUUCUAGGAGGAACUGUUGACGUCAAAACGCUAUCGGGUGAAGUGGAAAUGAAAAUUCCGAAAGGUUGCCAGCCAGAUACGAAACUGAUGCUUCGCGGUAGAGGUAUUCAACAAUUGCACGGAGCCGGAAAGGGAAACCAGGUUGUACAUCUGCAAUUGCAAAUACCGACAGAAAUCACGCCCCGUCAAGAAGAGUUGUUGAGAGAGUUUGACGCGGAGGCAACAGCUCACGGA